AUGGGCCGUCCGAAGCGCAACGUCCUCGCCGCGGCAGAGGAGUCCACGACCCCUCCCGACGCCCUGACGCCGACGCAGAAGCUCGCGCGCGUCGUCAAGGCCGAGGGCAACAACCUGUACACCUGCGCGCUGCCCGCGGCCCGCGGCAAGGACCCGGCGACGGUGCUCGUGGAGCUGGCGCAGCGCUUCCGCAACACCAUCUGGAUCAAGCGCGGGGGCUUCGUGCUCGUCGACCUGGUGCCGGCCGAGGAGCGCCAGAGGCAGGGCGGCGGGGGCCGCGUGGAGGGGGAGAUUGUCAACGUGGUGCGGGACGAGAGGGAGUGGCGCAAGCAAAAGUACUGGCCUGCCGAGUUCCCCAAACACGUCGACGACUCGGACGACGAGAGCGACUCCAACGUCGGCAAGAUGCCCCCGUCGGACUCUGAAGAGGAUUGA